AUGGUAAAAAGGAAAACUCUCCUUUUUAUUGCGAUAUGUAUAGCUGUAGGUGUUGCACAAGUACCCAAACAAGCAAUAGAUGUUCUUCAUCAACUAGGCCUUGUGAAAGAUGUUCAACAGCCCUCAGAGACAACAGUGCCCUCAACAUCAUCUCUGUUACCUCAGGGUGUUCGUCUAACUGUAUCAGGAGUUGUACUAACUAGCGAUGCACGUAUUGAGUCCCCCAUCACUCAAGUCAUACCAUCAAAUCUAGGGCAUCAGUUCACCAUAUUAGUUGGGUUGUACUCUUACAGAGUAAAUAAUGCUUUUCUUUUCAGUAUUAGGAGUAAAAGUAGACUGCAGUUCGGUGUCCAGUUGCUACCAAGAAAGGUAGUGGUGUACACUGGAGGGAAGCAGCCCGCAUACUUUGGUUAUAGUGUUCAUAAUGAACAAUGGCAUUCGUUUGCCAUUGACAUUAGAGACAAGACUGUCUCGAUAUUCGCUGAGUGCGGAAAGAAGUACUAUAGCCGGGAAAUACUUUCUGAAGUGGAGACAUUUGAUUUGGAUGGUGUAUUUACCCUGGGAAGGAUGAACUCUCACUCUGUCAGCUUUGAAGGAGUUAUAUGUCAGCUAGAUAUUAUUCCCUCUGCAGAAGCCUCUGCCAACUAUUGUAAAUAUGUGAAACAGCAAUGUCGCCAGGCUGAAACGUACCGAUCUCUGCCAGGAGCUCCACACGUGUCAGGUGGGCCGGAUGCUUUUUCAAAGAUGAUGAUUGAUGAGAAAAACCAGUCAGAAGACAUAUCAGCUUAUAGAAGGGAAGAAACAUCAAACAUUCCUGUUACCGAUGUUGCUAAGAUUCAUUUUCUAUCAGAAUACUUUGAGUCAAGAAAUGUCUCUGCAUCAGAGUUUCCAGAGGCCAAACCUCUGUUGCUGGAAUCUCGGCCUGAAACAGAACUCCAGGAGAAUGUCAGUCUGCUUCUUCAUCGGCAGGAGAUGAACAAAAAAAGAAAUGUCACUAAGACCCCCACAGGAUCAUACACAAAUACGUUAGAUAAUACCAAAGAAGACGCAGGCAGACAAAAGGAGCCUUCUCUGAUCUCCCCUCUCCGUCCAGGGCAGGAAGGUGCACUUGAUGCUGAUGAGACUUACCACACAGAAAACAGUUAUGACAUUGGUAUUGAUAAUUAUGACUAUGAAGAUCUUGACAAAAUGUUUGAAAUGGGAAGUGUCAGAGGUCCAAAGGGGGAAACUGGACCUCCUGGUCCUCCAGGUCCUCCAGGUUUUCCUGGUCCAUCAGGAAAGAGAGGUCCUCGGGGUAUUCCAGGACCACAUGGUAAUCCAGGUUUGCCAGGAUUGCCAGGUCCAAAGUUAUUAGUGCAUGAAUGUGGUUUCAGCCUAUGGCUCUGGGAGCUCGCCGGGUGGCUGCUCGGCCAGUGUGAAGCGGGUCACCCAGGGCUGUCUCAGGAGGUGCCAUUUGCUGGUGACUCCCUUUUUAAGGUCAGUGAAUUUGGCUCUGAGGGGUGCGGGUUUGUGGUGGCAGAGCUGGCUGUCGCCGACAGCUCUGCGGGGCCGGCUGACCAGCCCUGGCUCCCUGGCCACGGCAGGCCCCGGGCCUCUGUGGCGGGUCGGCCUGCGGUGCCUGGUGCUUCGUGUGGCAGCGGGCUCCGGCAGCGGGGAUUUGAAGGCCCUAAAGGAGACCCAGGAUUCUCUCCAGGACAGGCGAAGCGUGGAGAAAAAGGUGAUCCAGGCCCCAUAGGCUUUCCAGGCCCACCUGGGAUCAAAGGCCAGAAGGGUCUUAAGGGUUAUCUGGGACUGCGAGGGCCACGGGGUGAGCAGGGAAUUCCAGGAAUGGCUGGCAACAUUGGGGCAGUUGGUUACCCUGGCAGGCAGGGCUUAGCUGGACCAGAAGGUAACACAGGUCCUAAAGGUGUAAGAGGUUUCAUUGGACCUCCAGGUGUGGCAGGACAACCAGGACCUGAAGGAGAAAGGGGCAUCCCAGGCUUCCGUGGAAAAAGAGGUCCUAAAGGGAGACAGGUCUUCGAAGCUAUCCAGGAGUUUCCAAUUUUGACUUGCUUGUGGUUUGAGAUUGGAAACUGUGAUAGCAUUCGCCAGUUGUGCACUCAGUUGCGCUCAGCAGUUCAGAUGACUUUCUUCUAUCACGUUGAACAAGCUUGUUCAGCAGUAGGUUUUCCAGGUGACUUUGGAAAUAGAGGCCCUCCUGGUCCAGAUGGGAAUCCUGGAAUUGUUGGUGGUGUUGGUCCUCCUGGAUUUCCAGGACUUAGAGGAGGCAUUGGGCCAGCAGGACCGAGUGGACCAUCAGGAAUUCCAGGGCCCACGGGUGAACGUGGCCUUGCAGGAGAGCCAGGAGACCAGGGGUACCCAGGAGACAAGGGUGCUCUUGGUUUACCAGGGCCCCCAGGGAUCAGAGGAAAGCCAGGACCUCCAGGGAAAGUUGGAGAUUCUGGAUCCCAUGGACCAUUGGGUCCUCCAGGACCUGAGGGUUUUCCAGGAGAUAUUGGUGUACCUGGAUUAAAUGGCCCUGAAGGUCCUAAGGGACUUCUGGGUGACCGAGGGCCUCCAGGGCCACAAGGACCCAAAGGAGUUGAGGGAGAAGUAGGACCAGUUGGACCUGUUGGAGGAGUCGGCCCAAGAGGAAAGCCGGGACAGAAAGGUUAUGUAGGUGAUCCUGGACUGGAAGGUUUAAAGGGAGAACAAGGAGACCAAGGAAACCUUGGAAAAACUGGUGAAGCAUUAACGUAUGCCAAGGAGAGAUACCAUACGCUGGUUUGGGCUCAGUGCUGUACUACAGACAGCAAUCAGAGUGAGGUCCCCAUUGUCUGCAAAAUAUCAAGUGGACAUACCCCAGACAGCUCAUCAAAUGGUUGGUCACUGCUGAAGUUUUCAGAACUGCUUGGAUCAGCUGGCUUACCUGGAGAAGCUGGGCCAUCUGGAAGCCUUGGCGAAAAGGGAGAGCGAGGCAGUCCAGGACCAGUAGGUCCUCCUGGAGAGAAAGGUGUUAUGGGCUACCCAGGAUCUCCAGGAGGCCCUGGGCCUGUGGGGCCAGAAGGAUUACCUGGGCCAAGAGGUCUAGAUGGUCCUCUAGGAGAACCAGGAACACAAGGCAUCAAG